AACAUUUCGCAAAGAAAAAUUGUUAAGAUUCUUGUGAGGAAGGAUUCGAUGUUUGUCUACGCUAUUUCCAGGCAUAAAAUUCUAGAAACUACCAAUUAUUGCUCUUUUAUCAGCAGUGCAGAUGUUGAAAAUGUGCACUAGGUUUUUCUAUGUCACUUUCCUCGUCUCCACAUCGACCAGAAGUGCAUAAACUAGAACGAAUAUCUUCAAAUGGAUGAUCUCGAUCGGAAAUCAUUUCAAGUGACAGCAGGCAGAUUCGCCAUCCUUUAGAAACACCACUCUUCGGCCUCUACAACGUGAACAACAUCAAAAUUACUUUCCGCGAAGCCAACAGGUGAAUUUAGUACACGAGCAACGUUGGCAGGCCUUACUACUGCUCCAAAACAGUAUAUCGUGACCCGAGUUCUUUAGGAUUUCGAUCUUCGAUUACAGCGAUCGUAUAUCGAUUUAUCUCUCGCCCGUCCCUAGUUUGAGUGCUCCAUUUUCAAAAGGGUUCGACGCGGUGGUGACUCAAACGGUGGUUGCGAAAUGAUCGGUGAUCUAUUGCGCCAAACGCGUGCGAUGAAUCGGGCUAAACGAGUAUCAAAACAAAACUCUUCUUAGUGCCGCGUAGACUCGAGGAUCGAUCCGGCUCGAAGGACCAAAUUUUGUGUCGGCACUAGAGGAUAAUUCAGUGUCAAGUUGUCGACGAGGUACCCCUUGGAAAUUGCAAGAAGAAUAACUUUUGACAGACGACUAAGAAGUCAAGGUUUCUCGAGAUCUGCGAUGGUUUUGAAAUGAGACAAAGCAUCCUUUUACCGUCUAGAUUGAUUUCAGUUUCUGGUUUGCUGGAGGUGUAGAGGCUCAAGAUGGUGAGGAGCAGAACACCUUCGCAAUGCGAUGGUUCAAUGACGUUCGAGAUGCAGAGGAAAUACUCUGUACCGUCAAAUCCCGAAUCUAGAGCUUUUUCAGGAACAGCAAGCGAAGAUCUUCAUGCAUGGUCGAUAUAUCGGCAAAACCUGAAUUCCGAUUUCACCGAUAACGCUUUAGGAUCGCAAGACAAGAGCCCUUUGCCCUAUGGGAAUUUCCAACUGAGGGACACAACAGUGCAGUCUAUUUUGUCCCAUCCUAGAUAUGGACCUAAAUCAGCCUUGGGAUCGAACAUGUACACAUACUUAAAAUUCGGACUUCCAAGAGUAUUUCCUCCUAAUCACGACCCCAAUCGUUCAGGAACUCCGCAACAUUUCAUCAGAAACGCCUCAACUAGACCACGAGAAAAGUCGUCCAAAUCAGGAAACAGGAUACCGAGGGAAGGCAGCUCUGGCUACGACAGCUCGGACAACGAAACAGCCAAUCAAUACAAGCAGAACAGGAAAUAUAGAUCGGAUCCCGAUUUCCGGCAGCAGCACUUGAACAUGACGUACCAGCACGAGACUGGAAUACCUCUAGCAGCGUUAAAACAGCAAGGCCUUGGUCCGCCCCAGAACCAACAACAAUGGAAUCGAAACAAAAGCAUCUCCGAGGCUAAUCUUCUCAUGACUGAAUAUUCGAAAGGUGGCUACAAUCCCCAUGCGAGGGACCCUAGGAGGAAUAGUGUCGCGGACUUUGGCAUGCGAGAUUACAUCGACCAUGGUGCGGUUGGAACCAUGAAUCGACCUUUCCCUAAGUCAGAAAGCCACCUUUCAUAUAACACGAGGAAAUCGCAGCCUAUAAUUCCAAGACCUGAAUUCGCCCCUUCUGAUGAUGAGAGCAGAACUGUCUUCCUCUACCCUCACCUUCAAGUGUUAGGACUUAGCGUUUGCCCAGAGUUGGGCUCGUGUUGCAGCGGAAGCCAUUACCUACUACUCAACGACAUCUCUUUCGAAGUCAGAGGAGGUGAAAUGCUCGCCAUCAUAUCCACAUCGGAAGAAGAGAGCACCACAUUACUGGACAUCUUGGCAGGUAGAAAAGAACCACUCGCCGGAGACAUAAUCCUCAACGGACAACGCGUCAGAAGGAACGCCCUGAACACCAGGGUGGCUUACGUACAGAACGAUCUCAAUCUCUGCGAAGACAUGACGGUGGCCCAGACUCUCAGAUUCCAUUACGAUCUCAAGAAACCCACCGACAAAUUAGGAUAUUUCAAAUUGGAUGCCAUGGAUAGGAUAAACGUUUUGAUCGAAGAUCUUGGUUUGGAGCAAGUGAGACAUACUAAAGUGGCCUCGAUGACAAUUUCUGAAAAGAGAAGGCUGAACGUGGCUUGCCAGUUAUUGCUGGACACCGAUAUAGUUUUAUUAGAUCAGCCCACCAAAGGAAUGGACAUAUUUGAUACGUUCUUUCUUGUUGAAUAUCUGCGACAGUGGGCUAGUGGUGGAACCAGUAACGCUUUAGGUAAAAUAGUAGUUUUAACUCUUCACCCACCAACAUACGAGAUUUUCACGAUGCUCUCCAGGAUAUUACUGUUAUCUGCCGGCAGAACAAUGUUCAGCGGAAGGAGGAGAGAUAUGUUGCCAUAUUUUGCUUCAGUCGACUACCCCUGUCCAUCCUUCAAGAACCCAUCGGAUUAUUAUCUGGACCUGGUAACCUUGGAUGAUUUAUCAGCUGAAGCCAUGCUCGAGUCCUCACAGCGUAUAGAACAAUUAGCGGAAAUAUUCAGACAGAAGCAGGAACCUCUCAGCGAUCCUGGUCCACCGUCUUCCUUACCUUCCAGGGUCAAGUCUGCCAAUUUCUUCGUGAAAACAUUCGUUUUAUUCACGAAAUCGUUAGUGUACAGCCAAACCAAUACGUUUUUGUAUUGGCUCACAUUAGUGGUAGCUUCGGCUAGUCUCUCACUGAUAAUGGGAGCAAUAUUCUGGGAUGUGCCAAAGACCGACUUCAAUUUGAGUCUGAACGACAGACCAGGUUACCAUUAUGCUGUAAUGUGUUUCAUGUGUUGGCCACUUCUUCUACAGCUCACCUAUUCCGAGAUUAGGAAAAAUAGAAAUGUGGUAGAGAGAGAUAUAAGACAAGGACUGUAUGGGAGAUUCACGUAUAUUUUUUGCAAGACUCUGUUCAACAUUUUCCCCUCUCUUUUCAUCUGGAUAAUUUAUAUUGUGCCAAGUUACUCGAUGUCAGGGCUGUAUAUGCAAAGUCCUAGCGAUUACGAUGGGUUCUAUAUUUACUUAGGUGUGAUGCUGCUUUACCUGAGCUGUCUUCAAAUUUUUCUCACAGCUUUCAUAUACCUACUUCCCGCAUCCAAUGGCUCAGUUUUCUUCUCAUCCAUGCUGUUAACGUCUUUAUUUAGCGUCUCCGGAUUUUUUGUGCAUUUCAAAGACAUGCCAGUGUAUAUAAAAUACCUCAAGUAUGCGAGUCCUACAGAAUGGUUACUUCCGUUUUUACUGAAUCGAGAAUUGACUCCCACCGCCUUAGCAUCUGUUCUUGCCUCCCCUCCUUUAUGCAGGAACAAACAGAUACAGCAUCAGGAUAUCAUAGUCCAGCUGCCCUGUCCGGUACCUAAUGGUACCCAAAUAUUACACAAUUUCGGCUUCUUAGAUUCCCAAAAAGAAGUUAUGAAUUACGAUAAUACACCGUUGGCCUUGGCGGUUUUUUAUCUGGCUUUUUUUCUUUUCACGAUAUUCGUGUUUGUUGUCAAUUUUGGUCAUUCAAAAAAGGUCAAACAAAAGAACGGAAACAUGUCAUAACUUGACUCUUUACGAUGUAUUAUUGAUUUUUAAUCGAACACGUUUGUACAAAUAUUUAUAAGUGAUAAUUAUUAUGAGAUAUGAUGAAAUCUUUAAUAAAUUGUAAUUUGAAAUUAA